AUGGGUUGGAAUAAUUGGUUUAAGAAAAAGAUUUGCCUGAAGCGAGGGAAGGAAGCUAAAACAAAGCAAGUGGAGAGUGCACCCAAAAAAUCAAAUGCCUGCAAUUUGAAAGAUCACUCUGCUGGCGUUUCGACGAAGAAUAAGCAACCGACUGAGGAUGUUGCUGCCAGACAAAUUCAGAAGGCCUUCAGGGCAUACAUUGCAAGAAAACGCCUGCCUCGUUUAAAAGGAAUAGGUAGAAUUCAAGGUGUUGUAGAUGGCAUUGCGGUUAAAAACCAAACAUCAUCUGCUUUGAGUCAUAUACAUUUUUGGAGCAAAAUUCAAGCCGAGAUUAGAUCUCGCUGGAUUUCCAUGGUUACUGAAGGCCGAAUAAAGCAAAAGAAACUUGAGAAUCAGUUGAAACUUGAGGCUAAGCUCCAUGAAGUAGAGGUAGAAUGGUGUGGUGGCUCUGAAACCAUGGAAGAAAUUCUCAACAGGAUACAACAGCGAGAAGAAGCAGCAGCCAGGAGGGAGCGAGCCAUGGCAUACGCCUUUUCUCAUCAGUGGAGGGCGAAUUCGAGCCAGUAUCUUGGUCAAACUUAUUAUGACCUUAGCAAAGACAACUGUGGGUGGAGUUGGAAGGAGCGAUGGAUAGCUGUCCGUCCAUGGGAGAAACGGGUCGAAGUGAGUCCUACCAUGCCAAAGAAAGUCGGCAGCAAGCAAAAGACCAGUAAAACUACAAACUUGGCCAAAACGAACAUCGUUGUAUCAGUUAAACCACAUUUGUCCAAUGGAAAGGAUCCUACACAUGCAAGAAAAAAUUCAAGCCAAACUAUUAUGAAGCAAGCUUCCCCCGAUGCAAAUCUCGAGUAG